AGCUGAGCCUCGGCCAUAGUAGGAUUUGUAACUUCGUUUGCUGUCUGUUCUGCUUUAAAGAAGCGCUCAAUUCGAUAAUAUAAGACCGGAAGUUUUCAACAGCUAAAUACUCUGAGGUGCGUUAUCAGUAGGAUGGUGUUGGGACAUGAACUUUCAGUUUUUCCGGAGAAAGUGACACAAUGAUUUGACUACUAUGAGAUACAUAAUUAUCUUGGUUUUGUUGUUACUAAAUGUCAUAAAUGCUGCUAAAAGUCACUUGGAUAUGGCCUGGGCUCAAGGAUCCAUCAAGAACAGAUCAAGCAGGGAUGUUUCGUGCAGAGAGGGCUUGGAGUAUGAACAUGAUAACAUCUGCUGCCUGAACUGCCCUGCUGGAACCUAUGUGAAAAAGGCCUGCGUUAGGCAUUCAGAAAAAGGAGUUUGUGAGCCAUGUGAGUUUGAUAAAUUCACUGAGCAUGACCAUGGACUGCGGAUGUGUUUAUCAUGCUCCAAGUGCCGUAUAGAUGAGGAAACCGUAGAGAAAUGCACAAAUACCCAGAAUACACGGUGCAAGUGCAAACAGGGGUCAUUUUGUUUACCUGACCAGCCAUGUGAGGUGUGCAAGAAAUGCAGCAGAUGCAAAGAGGAUGAAGAGAUUGUACAAAGCUGUACAGACAUUUCCAACACCGUUUGUAGAAAGAGAAGCUCCUUGGGCAACUCCAACUCAGUGACAUUCAUUAUUGUUGUGACAUUAGUUGCAAUGCUGGCAUUGAUUGUGGGUAUCGUCUACUGGACAAAGUCAAAACCAAGUAAAAGAGCAGUAACAUCAAGAAGUCCAAGGGAAAUGGUUAAGAUCUGUAUGGGUGACAGUGAGGAAGUGAAGGAGGAGAGGCAGAAUGCCCACAACUCCAGGAUGGAUGACUCCUCUCAGUCGUUUCUUGAGGAAAACUAUGUGGAAAGAGAGUCAUUAAGAAGACUUGUUCCUUUGAAUGGAGAAGAAUCGUUGAAGAAAACCUUUGAUUUCUUUGAAGAAAUGGAUGUCCAUUAUCAUAACAGAUUCUUCAGGUUCAUCGGACUGAGUGAUAAUUCAAUCAAAAGUGCAGACUCUCUCUUUCCGGAAGAUAGAGUUUACGAACUGUUAAAAAUCUGGAUGGAAAAGGAGGGACUGAAGGCAGAUUUCAACAGUCUUAUUGAAGCAUUAAUCUAUUUAGACCAAAGGCUGUCAGCAGAAAAUAUCAUUUCAAAGGCAAUUAGUAAUGGUUGCUUUAAAUAUGAAGAUGAAUGACUGGAAACAUACAAAUAUCAUCAAAGAAAAAGCUUUUGAGUUUAAUUUUGUGCAUGGCUUACCUUAUGUAGCCUUACUUCCCAACAAUUUCAAAAUGGAAAGUGUUUCACUGACAUAACAUUUCUUAUGUUGGCCAAGAGUGUGUAAAUUUUUAGAUAAGAUGCUA